GACGUUUCUCAUAUGUCACAAUUAACUAUUAAACACUUGUGUUUUUAUUGUGGUUCAGCUCCAUUGUUUUCCAUAUUUUUGAAAAGUAUUUUUUUUUAGAUAUUUUGAAUUCAAAGAUAUGAGCGGCGGUGGAAACAGGAGAGACACAAAUCUAACUGCAACAGCAGCAGUAGCAACGAUAGCCGCUGGUGUUGCAGCUGGAUAUGCACUUUAUAGAGGAGUCGAAUGGUUGUUAGGUUCAAAUGAAUCACAGGAGAAUCAACCACAUCAAAAUCAUCCGCAUCAACAAAACCAACCAAAUCCAUACAGAGAACAGUUGCGACUGCCCAUGAUCAGACGUCCUCAACCAAUUACUCCUCAUCGAUUUCUGCGAAACCAAGUUAUUCAUGUGGUUAACACAGUCGAACAGUGUCAAUAUUCAAUGAAAGAACUGAAGACGCAUUGCGACGAAUAUAAUGUGCUUGGCUUCGAUUGUGAAUGGAAUUUAGAGCAGGAAAGCGGCCGUAAAUCAGUUGCCCUACUUCAAUUGGCAAGUUCUCGUGGUCUGUGUGUUCUCAUUCGUUUAUCGGAAUUGCAAUACAUUCCAAAGGAACUAGAGGCAAUUCUAGAAGAUGCUAGCAUUAUAAAGGUCGGAGUUGCUCCAGACGGUGAUGCUGCAUUGCUGAAAAAUGAUUACGACGGUGUCCGUGUAGCAAGCACGCUUGAUCUGCGCUUCGUAGCCCAGGAAGCAAAAUCAUCUGUUAUGCGAAAAUCCAGUUUGGCUCACAUGGCUGAUGAAUUUUUGGGCGUUUCGCUUGAUAAAGACCCAUCUAUUCGAUGCUCAAAUUGGGAAGCAUCAACUUUAACCAACGCACAAAUCGACUACGCGGCUACUGAUGCACACGUUGCCAUCGAACUGUUCAAAUAUUUUGCGAAGAAAAUUGAUCCGACCAAAAAGUCGGAAUACAUCAUCGAAAACUAUUUUGUUAACUUGAUUGAUGAAGAUUUUGAUUAUCAGAAUUUUGAAGUUUAAUUUUUUGGCUGCAAGUCACAGUCUGGCACUUUUCUAAUGAAAUUGUGGUGCAAUAGCUACAUGUUACAUUGAAUCAGUGAUUAAAUAUAAUAUGACCAGGAAUUUAUGAAAAAAAAAAUGUUAGAAGAAAUCAUAAACCUUCCACAUAUACACAUCACUGAAGGAAAUUAUUUUAGGGAAAUCUACUACUUCUCGACGAGAGAAGUUCUCGUUAUUAUAUACACACAGUUUUUUGUUUCCAAUUUAUAUAUUUACAAAUGAGAGUUUUUUCUUGGAAUAAAAUUGAAUUUGUUCAUUUAGUUAUUUGGUAACUAAAGAUUAUCUGGAAAAUUGAUUUCAAUCCAAUUUUGUCAAAAAAAAAUCUAGUGCAAUUAAUUAAUCCGUGAAUCGAAUGAAUGAUCGAGAAUUUCACAUUUUUUUAAAACUAUUUUAUUGAAACAGCCGUGUUUUUAUCAAAUUUGAGUAAGUUUGGAAAGAAUUUAAGCGGAUAAAUUCAUCGAUAUAGGUUAUUACAGCAUUUUUGGUUACAGAAUAUCAAUUUUUUUCAUUGCAAUAUUUUCUUAUUCUUGCAAAACUAAUUGCAUUUAAUGCGAUCUAGAUUAAGAAAAUUAUCAAUCUGCAGAUAAGACUUGGUCUAAUCAGAUCAAUUCUACAUCAAAAGUCAGAUCAAUUUGAGGUCGUUGAACGGAUCGAAUCCUUAUUUGGAGUGGCGGUCAUUUGUAUGAAAAUAUGACUUGAUCUCAUGUUAUGUUGAUGUGAUCGAAUGAAGUUCACUUAAUCGGAUCUGAUCUGAAGAUCGUACAUUUUGAGUGCUGCCUCAAUAUAUCCUCGGAAAAGUGUUAAUCGUUGCAUGUAUCAUUUUUCCCUGGUCAGUUUUUCUUUUCAGUUGCAAUUUCUCUAGAUUGAAUGCACCAAAUUCCGUAGCACGGUACAACAUAUUCUGAAUGAAGGCUUUGAAUCAGGGAAGAAACACAUUUAUCCCUGGCUAAUUGUGAGUUUUUAUCUUAUAAAAAUGAUAAAAUCAAUGACUGCAUUAAAGAUGUCUAACAGCAGUCUUUUCCCUUUGAUUUUCAAAUCCAUAUGGCUACUUGGAUACAAUACACACUUGAAAAUUCCGAUGGUUCACAUUACUGAUAAUUAUCCCGUGGUUUGACAUUUCUUAAAUACACACAGUAAAAGUGUUGACGUCUGUGUUCUAUUCUGAUCACACACUCUUUGUUUACACCAUACGCAUCAAAAUAACAAAACAUAUUUUUGUCGAUAGUUCGAAUUCAGCGAUAUGAGCCGACGUAAUCAAGGGAAUAAUAAUAGUAAUCCGUCUGUGGCGACAACAGCAGCAACGGUGGCAAUUGGAGCAGCCGUUGGAUAUGGUGCAUAUAAGUUAUUUGAAUCGAUGUUUGGUUCGAAUGAACCACAUCAAAAUCAAUCAAACACUGUAGCCCAACAACAAUCACCGCCGUAUUCCUUCCUACAAAAGGACAUUUUUGUGAUUGAUGCCGUGGAAAAGUUUCGUUAUUCAUUCAAACAACUUAAAUUGCAUUGUGAAGAAUACAACGUGCUUGGCUUUGAUUGCGAAUGGGUUUCACGAUGGGGUAGCCGACAGCCAGUGGCAUUAUUACAAUUGUCAACACAUCGUGGCAUGUGUGUUCUCAUUCAAUUGUCACAAUUGCGACACAUUCCGUCGGAGCUAAAGUCAUUACUGGAAGAUGUUAGCAUAGUGAAGGUCGGCGUUGCUCCAUACACUGAUGCCAACUUUUUGUACAAGGAUUAUGGUGUUCAUGUGGCCAGUACACUGGAUCUACGUUUCAUGGCCCAUGCAGCUAGACAUCCACCGGGAGGAUUGGAAAAGAUGUCGGAAGACUAUUUGGGUCUGUCACUUGAUAAAAGCGCAUCGUUGCAAUGCUCGGACUGGGAAGCGGCCAAUUUGAGCAGCGAUCAAAUCGAAUAUGCUGCCAAGGACGUACACGCAGCUUUCGGUCUAUUCAAAUAUUUCGCCGAUCAAAUUGCACCAGGAAGGAGUUCAAACGACAUCAUCUCAAAUUACUGCUUGGAAUAUAUCGAUAAAAAUUAUGGGCCACCAAUGAAUUGAUGAACAAAAUACAUGAAUUCCAUUUUUUUAUUUUUUAUAAAACUCUUCUAAAACCAUAUGCCAUAUACAAUUUUAUAAUGAUAACCGACCGAACGCAAGUCUUUCAAUAUUUACAUUAUACGACGGCAGUUCAGUGUUUGAAUCGCAAACAAUUCCAUAAAUAAAUCAAAUGAAAAUUACAGAUU